CACCACCCAAACUGUAUAGUGCUGGGGAUAUUGCGGAUUCCGCCUAUGGGAACCCACAAAGCGCCCCCUCCUUGCCAGAGCCCCUUGGAGGGGGGCCCGCUCUCCUUUUCUUCCUGCAUUUUCAGGGCGGUGGGAUUUGCAUUCUGCUGAGGGUCCGCUCCAAGGUUCAUGUGAGACAGCUGUGGCCUAGUGGUUGGAGUGCCCCCUCUUGAUAUGAAGGUGGGACAUUUCAUAGCCCUAUUAUGUUACAGCAGAAUGCAAAAGAAUUCCUUCUCAUCCCUGAGGAAGAAAAAUAAGCACCCCAUCCCAGAUCUCCUAAGGCUAUUUUCUGCAUUUUCAAAACCAUAAUGCCUUUUCAUAACCAUGUCGAAGCCAUACCCACCUCACAAAGUUACUGAGAAGAUAAAAAAAGGGGGGGGGAGGUUGGCAGGGCACAAACAAAGCCUAUAAGGAUGUGCAGUUUCACAGAUUUUGCUCACAGCUUAGCCCACCUCACAGGGUUGUUGUUGCAAAGGUAAGAGGCGAGAAGAGAAGCCAGCAAGAAGCGGCUGGUGCAAAUGUAUUUCAGCUUCACAGACCCAGCAGAGACACAAAACAGGUGCGACGCUCACCCUGCUCCAUCACAAUCGCUUAACUGCAAAACUGCACAGUCCUGAUCUUUUACAGGGGGAAGAAAACACUGAAAAAGUAAAAAUAUAUACAAUUGACUUGCAGGCAAAGAAGGCAGAGAGUUUUAAAGCUCUUUUUGCACAGGGCAGAGAGCUUUAAAAACUAGUGUGUGGGGUGGGGGCAGGGCGGGGGUCUAAGAGCCAUGCAGCUGUUGUUUCCAGAAGGCAGGGAUGGUCUGAUGGACGCAUUCCCAGGGGUCUGUCCCGACUAUAUGUGAUUUCGACUUUGCACACUAUCACCCUGCAAACGUUGUGUGUUAAACUCUGCACCCCAUACAAUAGUUUAUUGUCACAAUUCUCAACACCCUUAACCAGCAAAACAAGCUCCCAGAAAUCUUUUUAUCCAAAAAUUUUAUCAAUUUUCACAUUUAUAGCAAAUACGGCAUAAAAGACACAAAAAAGAAAAACACAUUAUAAUACUAAAAAGAAAAAGAAACAAAAAUAUAAACACAUAUUAUUUGUGAAACACAAUUUAUCUUUCACUGUUAACUGACUUCCUCGAAUUCCCCCCUGAGUUUCACCUUGUAAUAGCUCUCCAAAAUCAUCUUUCUAAUAAGAUUAACUCCUUCACUUUACUACAGUGGUGCCUCGCAAGACGAAAUUAAUUCGUUCCGCGAGUUUUUUCGUCUUGCGGUUUUUUUCGUCUUGCGAAGCACGGUGUCAGAAAAGUUUUGGAAAAGCUUCAAAAAUCACCAAAGUCUUCAAAAACCUCAAAAAAGGCUACCGCAUCGCGUGCUAUGAGUUGCUCCUCGAAGUCAAGUUGCAACUGUAUUAACGGUUUCAAGAAAAAGGAAACAAACUUGCAAGACGUUUCCGUCUUGCGAAGCAAGCCCAUAGGGAAAAUCGUCUUGCGAAGCAACUCAAAAAACCAAAAACCCUUUCGUCUAGCGAGUUUUCCAUCUUGCGAGGCAUUCGUCUUGCGAGGUACCACUGUAUAUUCUCUUUUCUUAAUAGUCUCAAUCCAUAAUUCUAUCACAAUUCCCUCAUAUUUAAUCCUAGGCCUGUUUGGUAUUUUUAAGUGAUCUUAUGUUACAAUAUUUGGCUAAAUAGUCUUUAAAUUUCUUCCAGUCUUCAUGCUACUCCUCUUCUUUCUGAUUCUUCCAGUCAGGUCAGCUACCUCCAGACAGUCCAACAUCUUCAUCUGCCAUUCUUCUACUGUUGGUAUUUCUUGAGAUUUCCAAUUUUUAGCUAAUAGCAAUCUUGCCGCUGUAGUAGCAUACAAAAACAAUCUAACAUCUUUUUUGGGCAAUUCCAAUCCUAUUAUUCCAAGUAGAAAGGCUUCUGGUUUCUUAACAAAUGUAUUUUUCAACAUUUUUUCCAACUCAUUAUAAAUCUUUUCCCAGAAGUCUUUCACCUUAGGACACAUCCACCACAUUUGAUAAAAGGUACCUUCUUUCUCUUUGCAUUUCCAACAUAGAGCUCCCAGAUAUCUUAGGUGGUUUCACGGGGCUUUGGAUAUGUGGUGUGAAUGUGGCCUAACAGAUUUCUGCUUUUUGUGUGUGUGUCUACCAUCACGUGGCCUCCAAACACAAGUUGGAAAGAGGCACACAUUGAUUAAAAUGGGGCAGCAUAAAAUCACAGGUGCAGCCAGCUCUCUAUCCUAGUAUAUUCACAACCCUAUUCUAAAGCAUUUCUAUAUGAAUUGGGGGGGGGAAUAAAAGGGGAAAAACAAGCCCUUGAAGAGCAGAAUAGCCACAUUCAGUGCAAACGUCACCAGGAAAUGGUCCGUCUAUGAGAAAAGAUCCACAAUGGACCCCCGGUCCCAAGCAACACAAUAUUACCAAUCUGCUUUGUGUCAAAAACCAGGUUGCUCCUGUGAUGUACUGAGAUCGCCCCACGGUUGCCAUGCAUGACCAACACAACACCUGACAUGACUUCUCCUGGCUCCUUCUGGUUGUCCUUUGCUUGUUGUAGGAAGAGCUGGCUGAAGACGCUUCCCCAAUGGCCUUGGAGGGCUAAACUAAGUUGUUUUUUUUAAUGAGCCAAGAUGCAAUUCAAGCAACGGUGUGAGUUUUGCUUCUGUCUGGGAGGGAGAUGCUGUAAAGAUGGGUGCCAUGAUGAACUUUUUACUGUUGUUUAUUUCUAUAGAUCGUGGCACUGGGACAGUUGACAUAAUUUUAUUGAUUUAUUUAUUUAAUGAAUUUAUAUACCUCCCUAUACCCGGGGUUCUGAGGGCGGUUCUGGGGGCCUCAGGGCAGUGAAUUUAUAUAGAAUUUGAUAUAAAAAGAGAUCCCCAGGUGACCUAUUUUGACCCUGAUGUUAGUUCUUAGCUUUAUUAUUAUUAUUAUUAUUAUUAUUAUUAUUAUUAUUAAAUGUGUCCUGGAAGUUAUGAGUAAAUAAUUUUAGGAAACUGUGUUUUAAAAAAAGUUUAAUUGUAAAAUAGUACAAGGGGUAGAGUUGGAAGGUUCUUCAUUUUUGUUAUUCCUUAUUUUAAAUGAAAUUAAUUUCUACUACUUUUUCUAUUUUUUCUGUUUUCUUUCUUUUCUUCUUUCUCUUUUGUAAUUUAUAUGAUUAUUCGCAAAAUAUAAUGUUUGUAUUGUAUGCAUUUUAAGGUUUCUUUAUAAUAAUGGACUUUUUUUUUAAAAAAGGAAGUUACGAGUAAAUAUUCUCACAUCCUCAUGCUUAAUGUAAAGAUCAGCACAGCAAUCUUGUGUUUCAAGCAAAUUUUAUUGCAUAGACAAUAGAAGCUACCAAAUAUACACUCAGGAAACAAGUAGGAUAACAAUUUUUACUAGGGUUACACCCUUUCAACUACCAACUUGUUUACUAAAGGUAAACAAAAAUGGGAAACAGAAGAUACUCACAGGAAACAAACAAUGUAAUAGAGGAGUAAAGGUACAGUGGAACCUUGGUUCUCAAACGCAUUAGUACUCAAACAACUUGGAAUUCAAACUCCAGACCCAGAAGUAAGUGUUCUGGUUUGUGAAUUUUUUUGAAAGCCAAAAAUGCUCCAUUUUGACUGUUACGCUUCUGAUUUGAGUGUCCCACUCCUGUUCUGAGUGCCUCCACCCAGGAGGUUUGAAUACGGAAUCAGAUUUCAACUGCUAUAUUUAAGGAUUUUUACACGUGGCUUCCAUUUGUGUUUGCUAUGCUAGAUUUUGUAUACUGUAUCUUUAAAUUUCCUGAAAUUGCCUGUGAUCUGAUACACCUGUGGAUAGCCUUUUAAAUUCCAAUAGAGUUCUGCUGUAGGUAUCAGUCUACUACACUUGCUAGUGAGAACUGAUCCAUAGUCAUUAUUUUUACCUGAGAGGACAAUUUAUUGGGUAUGUAUUUGUCAUUCAUUUAUUUGUGUUUAUUGAUAUGCAGGUUGGUCAUUUCAAUUUCCGUUUUACAAUUUCAUAUUAUGUAUUCAAUUUCAUUGUCAGCUGAUGAAGAAUUAUCCUUGAAACAGUUCACCUGUCCUAGAAAAACUGCUUUCUUCUGCUUGCUGCUGCAUUUGACAGUGCUUCGAAUAAAUUACAGUGGUACCUCGGGUUACAUACGCUUCAGGUUACAUACGCUUCAGGUUACAGACUCCGCUAACCCAGAAAUAGUGCUUCAGGUUAAGAACUUUGCUUCAGGAUGAGAACAGAAAUUGUGCUGUGGCGGCGCGGCAGCAGCAGCAGGAGGCCCCAUUAGCUAAAGUGGUGCUUCAGGUUAAGAACAGUUUCAGGUUAAGAACGGACCUCCGGAACAAAUUAAAUACUUAACCCGAGGUACCACUGUAUUCCUACAUUUGGAGUACCUAUCACUGCAAUAUUGCUGGAUUUUGACUAUUAAAAGGCAUCUUGCUUCCAUUGUGGUGUUCCCUGAUAGCGAUUGAUUACGCCUACUAUUUCCUUUCAUAUCAACUUUUGCAUAACUAUGCAUGUAUCAUAGGUUGAUGUUUAUGAUUUGUAAAUAUGACAGCUUGAUCAAAUCAUUGGUAAUACAUUAUUAGCCGCGUGUUGCUUUUAGGUCUGUUCAGAUUACUCCAAGGGACUCUGGCAAGGAGGGGGGCGCUUUGUGGGGUCCCCAUAGCCAGAAUCCGCAAUAUCCUUAGCACCAUACAGUUUGGGUGGGGGUGGGAGAGAUACUGGCUCUUCAAGGGUUAAAGGCAGCAAUUAAAUUAUUACAGGAGAGCCAGUGUGGUGUAGUGGUUAAGAGCGGUGGACUCGUAAUCUGGGUUCGCGUCUCCGCUCCUCCACAUGCAGCUGCUGGGUGACCUUGGGCCAGUCACACUUCUUUGAAGUCUCUCAGCCCCAAUCACCUCACUGAGUGUUUGUUGUGGGGGAGGAAGGGAAAGGAGAAUGUUAGCCACUUUGAGACUCCUUCGGGUAGUGAUAAAGUGGGAUAUCAAAUCCAAACUCUUCUUCUUCUUCUUCUUCUACAGAGGACUUGCGGGGAAAGGGGGGGAAAGCCUCACUUCCUUCGCCUUUUAUCACAUCCUCCUGCAUUUGAAAAGCUGGGAGGGAGGGAGAUUGUUUGCAAGGUAGGAAAAAGAGGGAGUUUUUUGGGGGGGGGGAAAGGCUCCAGUGUGGCAUGGGCUCUUUUAUCUUAGAUGCGUCCCUGUCUGGGGGGUGUGUGUUCAGGAGGAAAGCCCCCAAGGAGGGCGCAGUCUCUCUGUAUAGCAGACGAGCCCUAGGAAGGAACCAAGGUGUUGGGAGAGAUGGAGGAGGGAAGACUUUAAGGAUGGGAAGAGGAGAACCACUGGCCAUAAAAUGUCAUUAGUUUCUCACCACCAGCAACUGCUGCAGCAAACUGGGGGCUCCAAGUGCAGUGAGCUGCUCCACCUGGGCUACUAUUGUUGACACUGACUGGCAGCAGUUGCUCCUGGGAGUUUCCAGCCACGGAGUCUCAGCCUUGCCUGGGGACUGCAUCUGGGGCUUUCUGCCUGCUGAGGAGAUGCUCUGCCCUCGAACUACAGCCCCUUCCCCUCAAGUGGGGAUGCAGGACGAGCAGGAACAGAGGGAGGCAGCCGUGUCACAGCUCCAGGCUGGCAGAAAAGGAAAGGGAUGUUUUUAAUGGUGGUGGGAAGAAGAUCCUCUUCCAGGCGUGACUCCACUUUCCUUGCAUGGUGGGGUUCAGGAAACUGCAAGUGGGAGCGCCACACCUAGGCUGGGUUAUCAUUCAUCCAGCAAAUUGUCUUGGCCAGGAAAAUGCCUGCAGGGCCUCUGAGGCUCCCUUUGCUUAUUCCUCCUUCCCAGGAACCUGCAGCUUCUGAGCUCUUCAGUCCAAGCGAGGAUGGAAGGAGGAAGAUGGACGGUUGACCUGGUCAGGCUGUCUCCUACAGCCUUCCAAUGUUCCUUCCCAGGACCCUCAGUAGGAUCUGGUGAGUUGGAGAUGGGGACAUGGAGGGAUGCUGGGAGUGAGGAAGCUCCCCUUGCAAGAAAAUGAGGAAGGCUGCAGGGCCAGAGCUCCAGGCUAGCAAAGAUAAAAGAAAGAAAGAAAGGAAAUGAAUAUUUUCUAAUGGUGACUUGGGCAUAGCCAGGAUUUGGGGGCUGCUGCCUACCAGCUCCAUCUGGUGCACAGGCUGAGACCCUACCUGCACACAGACUGUGGUACAUGCUUUGGUUAUCUCUCGCUUGGAUUGCUACAAUGCACUGUAGGUGGGGCUGCCUUUGAAGGUGACUCGGAAACUACAAUUAUUCGAGAAAGCGGCAGCUCAACUGGUGACUGGGAGCAGUUGCCAGGAGCAUAUAACACCGGUCUUAAAGGCUCUAUAUUGGCUCAGAGUAUGUUUCCAAGCACAAUUCAAAGUGUUGGUGCUGACCUUUAAAGCUCUAAACAAUCUUGAUCCUCUAGACCUGAAGGAGCAUCUCUAACCCCAGACACUGAGGUCCAACUCUGAGAGACUUCUGCUGGUUGCCUCAUUGCCAGAAGUGAAGUUACAGGGAACCAGGCAGAGGGCCUGCUCAGUGGUGGCACCCUUCAGCUGUCAAGGGUGAUACGUAACCUUUAGAAGACAUCUGAAGGCAGCCGUGAAUUGUGCAGUUUGAUGUUUUAUAUAUGCUGUAAGCUGCCCAGCGUGGCUGGGGAAAGCCAGCCAGAUGGGCAGGGUAUAAAUAAUAAAAUUAAUAAAAUAUUAUUAAUAAAAUAUUAUAAUAAAAUAUUAUAAUAAUAAUAUAAUAAUAAUAUUAUUAUAAAUAAUAAAAUUCAGAUGUUACAGAAAGUCUCACUAGGAUUGUGAUUUGGAUUACAUUUUUAAUUGUCAUCUUCCCUUAACUUUAGCCAGUGAUGAACACGACAGUCAUUGUUCUCGGGUCUCAUCAGAAAGAAAUAAGCAUGAAGUCAAAGGAAGGACCUUUCAAGAUCAAGAGGAAACAAGACCACAAGAUAAAAAGCAAGAAGAGAUUGGGAGGAAUGAUGGUCUUCUUAUGCAGACUGAUAACGGCCAUCGAAUCCCAGUCCAGAAAAAACAUCAGAAGGGGAAGAGAACAAAUGAGAGACCUUUAUGUGGCAAAACAUUCAGAAGUAAAUGUAGGUUCAAUUCACAGACAGAGGAGAAACCGUGUAAAUGCUUGGUGUGUGGAAAGAACUUCAAUGACAGCUCUGGCCUAAAAUCACAUGAAAGAAUUCAUGCAGGAGAGGAAUCAUAUGGAUGCCUAGAAUGUGGAAAGAGUUUCAGUCGCCAUUCAUACCUUAAAAGACAUCACAAAGUCCACAGUGAGGAGAAACCAUAUGCCUGUCUAGAGUGUGGAAAGGCCUUCACUUACAGCUCAGGCCUUGUAGAUCAUAAAAAAAUUCACACAGGGGAGAAACCGUAUACCUGUUUGGACUGUGGAAAGACCUUCUGUCAAAGCUCAAACCUUGCAUCGCAUCAAAAAAUCCACACAGGGGAGAAGCCAUAUAAAUGUUUGGAGUGCGGAAUGAGCUUCGCUCACAGCUCAAGUCUUAUAUCGCACCACAGAAUUCACACAGGAGAGAAAUCUUAUAAAUGUUCAGAGUGCGGAAGGAGCUUUGCUCACAGUGUUAGCCUUACUUCACAUAAGAGAACCCACACAGGGGAGAUACCAUAUAAAUGCUUGGAAUGUGGAAAGACCUUCAGUCAGAGUUCACACCUUACUUCACAUAAGAGAACCCACACAGGGGAGAAACCAUAUAAAUGCUUUGAGUGUGGGAAGAGCUUCAGUCAUAGUUCACACCUUACUGUGCAUGAGCGAAUCCAUACAGGGGAAAAACCAUAUAAAUGUGUGACAUGUGGAAUGAGCUUUAGUAACUGCACAUACCUUGUUAGCCACCGCAGAAUCCAUACAGGAGAGAAGCCAUAUAAGUGCUUUGAGUGUGGAAAGAGCUUCACUCGAAGCUCAAGCCUUAAAUCUCAUCAAAGAAUUCACACAGGGAAGAAACCAUACACCUGUUUUGAGUGUGGAAAGAACUUCAGUCACAGCACAAGCCUUACAUCACAUCAAAGAAUUCACACGGGGGAGAAACCAUAUAGAUGUUUUGAGUGUGGAAAGAGAUUUGCACAUGGAUAUAGCCUUACUUAUCAUAAAAGAACUCACAUGGGAUAAACCAUAUACAUGCUUGGAGUGUGGGAAAAUAUUUGGUCAGCUUUAACGACUCAUUUUGCAGAAGUGAAUCAAGAGGAGAAAAAUAUUUAGAUGCUCGUAAUGAGACCGCUGUUGCUAAACUUCAUGGAAUUCAUACAAGAUUUCACAUGGGAGAAAUCACGAGGGUGCAGAAUAAUAAAAAGUACAAAAAUGCAGAUAAUAUAGAUGUUAAUGGUUAAAGGAG